AUGGUCUUCUCGACCUCCACCUCCACCAUCACCACCCGCGCCUCUGCCUCUACCUCCAUGUAUCCCGCUGCGACCACUGCCCCCGCCCCCGGCCCCCCUCGCAGCAUCGACCUAGCUAGCCAGGUCGAUCCCGCCACACACGACAGGCGCAUCGUCGAGAUGAUCCACAUGAAGAUCGAGUAUGGCGUCUUUGACUACCUCCUCGACACCAUCGUCCUCACGGUCGCGAGCGCCAUGAUCGGGCCCACCGCCAGGGUGGCGCUUCAGCUCAAGGGUCUGCGACUCACCACCGCCGUCCGCGCCUUGAUCGAGUUCGGCGGCAUCACCAUGCCCGCGAUCCUCGCCACCCUCGUCUACCUCGAGCGUGUCCGGCCACACCUGCAGAUCGACGUCGAGGACUGGGUUUGCGAACGCAUCGCGAUCGGCGCGCUGGUCACCGCGCAAAAGUACAUUGUCGACCACCACAUCGGCGCGUCGCGCUGGGCGAGCGCAUCGGCCAUGUUCACCAAGGCGGACAUCAACCGCAUGGAGCGCGAGUUCCUCGCGCUGCUCAACUUCGAGAUGCGCAUCAACGAAGAGGACCUGCUCGCGCACUACGACGGCCUCCGGCGCGCGGUGCGCCGCUGCGCGGACUCGACCCCGCCCAACGGCACCGUCUUCACCCGGCGCGAAAUCAAGGAGCACCACUACACGAUGCACUCGCACAUCCACACGCCCGUCGCGGAGCCGCCGUUCGACCCCACCGCGCCGUGCUACCUCCCGGACCUGCAGUACCCCGACUCCCCGAGCUCGAACGACUCCUCACCCCCGGUCAUCACGCCCCCAGACGCGCACCCGUACCGCGGCGCGAAGCGCUACUCCCACUCCCACUCGCGCGAGCACUCGUACACCUCGAACCCGUACGUGGCGGCGCAGCCGUACCCCACGCCGCGCGAGCGCGGGCUGCUGCAGCACGACCGUCAGAUGGAAGCGCGCGCGCGGUGGUAUGCUGCGGCGCCGACACCUCGGAGCACGCGGCCGAGUCCGUAUGGCCCGCGCACCUCCUCGCCGCGGUUCGAGCCGUUCUCGCCACCGACCGCACGGUACGAGCGGCCGCAGCACGAGCACACGGUGGGCUCGCGCGAGUCGCGCUCGCCGUGGCGCCGCCACAAGCUUGCAGACCACGAUCCCCUCGGUUUCUACAAGCAACGCUGAGUCGUUGCGGAUUGCUAUUUUUCAAUUAUCUGGGACUUUUGUUGUUAUAGUAGUGUACUUCCCUCUUCCGUUAACCGCCUCUCUCGGAUGUAUGUAAUGUUGUAACAGUAGUGUACCAUCGCCAUCGGGCAGCCGUCUGAUACGGCGCCCACAGUCUCCUCGCAUUUUCUCAAUGUAAC